AAUAUACACAAUAAGCACAAAACAUCAGCAAACGUUGCGUCACGCGGCCGGUUUGUGGAAGCGUAGAAGAAAAGCUUGUUUAUAACUUAUCUCCCAUAGUAGAAUGUGGCCAAUAUUAUUGCAGUUUUUACGAUCAAAUGCGGCAUAUAUAACAUUACCAGUUGCUGGAGUAAUUGGAAUUAUCGGUUAUAACAUUGAAAGCAUACUCUCCGAUAAGUACACACCCUACAGUGCAUCAAUCGAAGACAAGCGUGCAGAACGGAUAACAGACGAUCUUCAUCUUAAGGAUGCUGCAAACGUGGAAAAAUUGGUCUACAAAGAAAACGUUCUCGGGCGAAACCUUUCACCAUCACUGGAAAAGAAAUAACCGCACUAUACCUGUUGCAUCCCUUUCUAUGUGUAUGAUUUAAUAUGUAGAAUUGUUUGAAUAUGAAGUUUUAAUUUUUAAAUAAAAGUGCACUAGUUUGCUGAUGAA